UUGUGUUUGUCAGGCUGAUGUGCUUGUGAUGAAAUGCUAUUGGACAUUGAUUCAAACACAAGACUUUCUUGUAUUUUGAUUCUGUAGGAACCAAGAAAGAGUGUGCAAUGAAUGGUGACACUCGGGCCGCCGUGGUGACCUCACCACCCCCGACCACAGCCCCUCACAAGGAGCGGUACUUCGACAGGGUGGAUGAGAACAAUCCAGAGUAUUUGCGAGAGAGGAACAUGGCACCAGACCUUCGCCAGGACUUCAAUAUGAUGGAGCAGAAGAAGAGGGUGUCCAUGAUCCUGCAGAGUCCUGCUUUCUGUGAAGAGUUGGAAUCGAUGAUACAGGAACAAUUUAAGAAGGGGAAGAACCCCACAGGCCUGUUGGCGCUACAGCAAAUUGCAGAUUUCAUGACUGCGAACGUACCAAACGUCUAUCCCGCAGCUCCGCAAGGGGGGAUGGCGGCCUUGAACAUGAGUCUUGGUAUGGUGACCCCUGUGAAUGACCUGAGAGGAUCUGAUUCAAUUGCCUAUGACAAAGGGGAGAAAUUAUUGCGGUGUAAGUUGGCAGCAUUUUACCGGCUGGCAGAUCUCUUUGGAUGGUCUCAGCUUAUCUACAAUCAUAUCACACUUCAGUUAAACAUGCAGUCGGCCAUUCUGGAAGCACAUGGCCCUCCUUCUGGUGUAUCAUCAGAAGGUCAGUAG